UGGAAAGGAAAUAAAACUAUCAAUCACACCAACUUCUGAUGCCCCAUUCCAACCUGCAAACUCAUCGGCGACUCCCUCAUUCCACUCAACACUGAGGCAAGCUGCACCCAUAAUGGUGGUUGAUUCAGACGGACAGGAUGCAUUGUUGGGCGCCCAACAAGCCGUCGUCCUCCCUUUAUGCCACAACAAUCCAUCGAUGUCUGCUCAGGCCCAAUGCCAUUUUCAGGCUGACAAACAAGACAGAUUGCGCUUUUCUCACUCUCGAGCUCCAAUUUCUCAUCCCCAGCUCUCAAUUCGAGUUUCCCUUGGCGAAUCGACCUUUUUCCCAAUCCAGCAGUAUCCUCUUCUCUUGAUGGAAUCAGGAGAUUCUUGCCGGCUUUCCAUGACCGAAGCUACUAGGAGUCUACUGGUUUUCUUAACCUCUUUUUGAGCCCUACGACCCAUAGCCACCAAACGCUCCCAACACCCACCGAAAGCCUCACCCUUCAGUCCCCCUACCCAUUAGCCGAACACACUCCAUCUAUUCGGUGACGUCUAGCCCAGCUCUCCAUCCGAAUUGAUCCAUACCCUUUGCACUGGAGAACCUCCAUCGACCCCCCUUCUAAACCCCCUUGUCAGCUCACCCAGAGCCCCUGCCGUGCACGUGCAGAAUCUGUGCGAAGUUAGCAUUCACGCUGGUAAUGUAAGUGUUCGAGGUAUUUCCUGCAGAUGGUGUGCCAGACCCCAUGUUUGCUUGCAUCUUUGAAGGGGUUCUCGUAAUCAUAAUCCAGCAAAUAAGCACUCAUUGGAAAGCCCUUUCAAUAAUAUUUCCAACGAGUGCUCAUUUGCCUCAAUCAGAUUUCGGUCGACUUUGUGGCACUGGAUCCAAAUUGCAAGACUGUUCACUGUGCUGCGCCUGUUGCGUGAGGUGUUUAGAGGUACUGUUUCUAGCAUGGUUUGAGUGGGUUUCCAUGCUCGAGUUCAACAAACAAGACCUCAUUGGACAACUCUCCAGAUUACCUUCCAAGAACGCCUACACACCCUGCUCGGAGAUCAGUAGCUUGAGAUUCGACCAUCAGAAGGAGGCCAACUGAUCACUGUUUAGUUCCUGCUGCAUGGAAGUGUCCAAAGGCACUAUUUCCAGCGAUAUUUGAGCAGGUUACCCUGCUUCGAUUUGAGUGGGUAAGAGCUCGUUAGAAAGCCCUUUCGAUUAUUCCAACAAGUAUCUAAUCGGCUUCCGUUAGAGUUCUACAACCCGAGAUAUUGCUACCGGAACCAUGUCUACUGACCAUAUUUUAUGACCUGGUGGAUUGGUUCUGGCUUCUUGGCGAGCCGGUGCCUUGUGCUUAGUCGUAGCGCCUUAGCGACCCUUAAAAGUUUUGACGGAGGUGUGCUACUCUGCGGAUGUUCAAGCCCUAGAGGAUCGCCUUAGAUGCGGCCAGUUGCCCGGUUGGUGAUCAUCUGGAUGCAGAGGUCGAGACUCGCAUUCUUCUCGGGUGCAGACGUGCAGUAGUGUUUUCUUGGCCGGAUCGUAGAAGUCACCUUGGCUUGGCCUUAAAGGAUUUUUCUAACGUGGCUCGGCUCUUCCGAGUUGACCUUGCCGCCAUCAGCACCUUGGCAGCGGAUCCCAUCAUCCUGGCGGCAGCGUUGUGGAGCUCGAUAGGAGUUGCUUUCGGAGGCCUGAUCCAUUUCUUCUGGACUGCUUGGCGUACUUGCUCAUUGGCUGGGUAGGACCGUAGGACUAAUUGAGCGGCGGGGAGUGGGGUCGGGCCCGCACCACCUUCUCAAUUCUGAGCUCAACGGAUUAGGGUUGGCUUCCUUCCCAGCCAGCAGGAAUUCUCACCUUGAGCAAACAGAGAGAGUGAGAAUGGUGGGGCCGACCACCAGCAGCAGCUCGGGGGGAGGUGGAGGAGGUGGCGCCGGAGGGGCAAGUGGAGUUCGCUCGUGGCCACCGACGACGUCGGUGUCUGCUUCGGGGAAGAGAAUACAGAAGGAGAUGGUCGAGUUCAACGCCGACCCUCCUCUCGAUUGCUCCGCAGGACCUAAAGGCGACAACCUCUACCAAUGGGUCUCUACUAUCUUAGGCCCCCGGGGCUCACCAUACGAGGGUGGUGUAUUUUUCUUGGACAUCACGUUUCCAAGUGAUUAUCCAUUCAAACCUCCUAAGGUGGUGUUCAAAACACGCAUAUAUCAUUGUAAUGUUGAUUCUACAGGCAAUAUUAGCUUGGACAUCUUAAGAGACAGCUGGAGUCCAGCCAUAACAAUUUCGAAGGUCUUAGUUGCUAUCAGAUCAGUCUUUACCAACCCUGAUCCUUACAACUCUCUCAUCCCAAGCAUUGGGCAUCAGUUCUUAACAGAUAGAGCGAAACAUGAUAAAAUCGCUGCUGAGUGGACGAUGCGAUAUGCAAAGUGAUGUAGAUAUUAUCUGAAACAUCGAAAAGGGCCUUGGUGAUCAUAUGUAUGACAUAUAACUACCAGAGUAAUCUUGUAAUCAAAACUUUGUUUUAUAAAUAAAUCAAGAGUUAACUUUAUAAUA